AUGAAGAGGCGUUCCCAUCGCGCCUCUCAAAAUCUGUACCUCGGUUUGCUCGCCUUUUUCGAUAUGUUUAUGGCUGGUGCAUACAUUCCGUUGAUGAGUUUGAAUCUUUUCGCUGACUAUUUCCGAUCGUUACCUUUGUUGACAGCUUGGUAUUACUACAUGAUCCCAUUGAUCACCGUCUCACACAUGGCCAUGACAUCAUCAUCAUUUUUGAUUGUCGCCGCCACUUUCGAGCGUUUCGCCAUCACCGUUACCCCGCAGUACACGAAAUUCGUGAGUAGACAUCGAGUGGCAAUAGCGGUGAUUGCGAUUCUACUCGGUUUCCUUACAAAGCUCACGAUGGCGCUCGAAAUCGAGUGGACAUUUGAUAAGCAAUGCGAAGGUUUCAUGACUCAAUGGGUGAUCGAUGUCUCAGAAUUCGCAAGGAAUCAAACAUACGCCACUUAUUGGAAAGUUCUUUUUCGCAACAUUGUCACAAUUUUGUUGCCAUUUUUUCUCCUUCUCGUCCUCAACAUCGGAAUCAUUUUUGCCUAUCGUCGAACCGAUUUUCAUUACCUCAACGUGCAGAAAUUGAGCGAAGCAAAACGGAAACAACGAGUCCGUGCCGCAACGCGUACCCUUUUGCUCGUCGUCUUCACUUAUCUUUUAUCAAAUUUUCUGAAUGUGAUUGUAACAAUAUGGGAAUAUUUUGAUAUUCAACAACUUCAAGAGGAAUUUCCCGUUUUCUAUUUGUUCGCUGUAGAUGUGGUUUCUUUAUUGACAAUUAUUGCCGGUGCUCUCCGUCUUCCCAUUUAUGUUUCAUGUCAAAAACAGUUACGGUGCGAGUUCGCUCUCCAGCUCAAGAAAUGUCUCUUCUUUGCCAAUUACUGGGGUUACAAUCACUCGAAAUUCACUCAAAGUGACGUCCGAACUGGUUCCACCGAUGAUUUAGAGCUGGGCGAUGGAGCCGCUGAUGACGCGGGAGGAGGCGGUCAAUAUGCUAAUUUGUUGAUGGCAUUGGGAACAGCGCUCUUACAAAAACAACAACCAGGCGAACUGCCCAUUCAACGACCUGAGAAUGGUUUCCAAGAGGCCUACAAUGCGGCCAGUUCACAGAUACCCGUGCCAGAAGGGAUGAAUAAUUGGGCAGCAGCCGGCGGGCGACUCGCCUACGGGGGAGCACAAGCACUGUACUCGGGCGCCGAACAGUUUGGACGAGCGUUCGGCAUCCCUCAAGCUCCACCAAAUGCUCUUUUCGAUUCAGCGGCUCGAUUUUUUGGA